AUGACAGACGCUAGCACCAAGCCAGUCGUUCUUGCCCUCAGCAACACUAUUACACCCGCGAUUGCACUCGAGAUCCUCCCUCAAGGGCUCGCAGUAAACAGUCUGUAUUUGAAUGCCGACGGUGAAACGCACGACGUGAUUCCUGGACCUUAUGACUCCGCGCAGCAUGCGACGCCUCCGUACAAGUAUCUCAACACGCUCGUCGGACGGUAUGCAAAUCGUAUUGCGAUGAAGGAAGGAGGGCAUGCUAUCCAGAAGAAUGGAUACUCUGCCACGAUCAAUCCUGUCAAGAAUGAAAGUGACAAAGUAUCGCUACACGGUGGUGUCAAUGCACUCGACUCGUUGCUCUUCACACAGCUCAAGCUACAAGAGUCGACCCUCUUCAGUGAAAAGGAGCUCCGUCGCUUGCACGAGCUAGACUAUUCGAAUGCACUCUUCACUGCGACUUUGCCGCACAACUCGAACGGGUUCCCAGGAACCCUGCGCGUCGAGGUGCUCUUUGCACUUAUUGACCCUGCUACGCUUCCUGUGGUUUCCAACCCAGACGUUCCAAAGCAUGUCGAUUUGGGGUCGGUGCUCGUUGUGUACCGUGCACGACUGGCUGAGCCCAACAUCCAUUGGGGCUUCAACCUCGAAGCAUCGCUUCGCCCUACACCACACCUCAAUAUCCGUGACCACCAUCUCAUCCUCCGGUCUCCCGCACGCGUCGCAAUUGACUCUGACCUUCUUCCAACGGGAGAGCUCGCACUCAAUUCGGCUGAGCCUGCACACGACCACAAUGCGGGCAAGAAGAUUGGCGAGCUCUUCCCAGAGAAGGGAUACGAUCACUCCUGGUUACUAACUGUGUUGGCAGAUCAUUUCUACAUCUUCGACGAGAGCGCGUACAAGGCUUCCAUCGCGACCCAGCCCCCGCGCACGCCUGUCAAGGAUCUUGCAAACAUCGACUUGCUAAGCGAAUUACUGUCGACAAAGCCUGCGGAACAUCCAUCCGUCGAGCUCUGGAGUGACAAGUCGGGAUACAAGAUUUCGUUCUCUAGUAACCAGGGAGGUGUUCAGUUCUACACCGCAAACUUUACCAACGGUGCCGGACGAGAAAGAAGAUUCAUGGAGGUGCGCCUGACAAGGACGGUUAUCCAAAAGAAUGCUGUGCAUUCCUUGAAUUCCACGAUGUGCCCCCUGUCUGCGUUCCUUCACCCACAGAACGGUAUCGACAGUCUGCUCACCUCGGAUGAGCUCUAUCACAACUAUGUCCGUCUUGAUAUUGGAUUCAAGCCGCCCGUACGAGCAUGA